AUUAUUCGUCUGCAAGUAGUUUCUGGGGUACUAGCAAGAAUCGUUGAAUCUCAUUUUCUUACUGUAAAAAAAAGAAUAGGUCCUUAAUAGGCUUUAACGAUAAUUAGUGAAUUUUCAAUUUAGGCGUUGGCAACACUGGUUUUGACCGUUCACUAUUAAAAAAUAAGACUUGAAUACACAAUGUACAUGUUGUUAAAGGAACAUGUCAAAGAUAUAAAAGGAUAAAAAGACGUAUUAUUACUUGGGUGGCAGUGGUGCAAGUUGUUAUGAUUAUUUGUAACUGCUAAAUAAGAGUAUCUUCUGGAACUAAAAUACUCAAAAAUGAAACGUGCACAAAUAUCAACCGAACGCAAAGCUGAACUUGUACCACUUAAAGGAGUGGGCGAGAAAUCACCACUAAAAAUUGAUAAUUCAGAGUUUACGAUUGGCAGAUCAAAAAAUGCAUCUUUCAUUUUGAAAGAUUUGAAGAUAUCUAGAAAUCACUGUGUUAUCAGUUUUAAAAAUGGUUCGUGGAAUAUUUGUGCUCAGAGCUCUUGUGGAACAUUUUUAAAUGAUAAAAAAUUAACAAAGGAUGUCCCUUAUGCUUUGAAGAGUGGCGACAUAGUAUCUUUGGGUUUUGAGAAUGAAUAUUUGUACAUAUUCAGAGAUUGUGAGGGUGGAGCCAAUACAAUGGUCAAGAAAAUGUGUUCCAGUUCCUUACCAGAACCUGUUAAAACAACAGCCAUUAAAGAGUCUGCACCUAGUCAUAGGCAGAAGCAGCUUCCACAGAAAACUGAACAGACACUUGAUGAAUCAUUCCACAUGGAGACGGAGGAUUCACAGUUUGAGGCAAAUCUUCUCAUUGGAUUGGAAAAGAUUGAUAAGAGUAUCCCGCCAGCACCUGUUAAAACAACAGCUGUUAAAGAGUCAGCGCUUAGUCAUAAACAGAAGAAAAUUCGACAAAAGAUCGAACAGACGCAGCAUGAAACAUCGAUCAUGGAGACGCAGCAUUUACAGCUUGAGGCAAAUCUUCUCAAUGGAUUGGAAAAGAUUGAUAAGAGGUACGAGGCGGAGCAGGCCAGCCUGCUGCGCAGCGCCCACCGCCACGACAAGCGCAGGCUGCAGGAGGAGCGGGAGGCCCUGGAGCGGCAGCUCUGGCGGGAGAAGGCGGAGCUGGAGCGGUCCACCAAGGCCCGCAUGGAGGAGCUUCAGCGGAGGAUCGGCGAGAAGCAGCAGGCGGAGAUGAGGCUGGCCGCGGAGAACCAGGCACUGCAGGACGAGCUGCACAAGGAGAGGGCCUUGUUCAAGGAGAGGCUGGAGAAAGAGGAGCAGCAAGUGCAGCUGGAGAGGAAGAGAGUGGAGGAACUCGUCCAGAAGCAUGAAGAAACAAUCGCCUCAUUGGAGGAGGUCCACACAAUUGCGGGACUGUUGCAGGAGCAGGAAUUGGCAGAGAAAAGCAAGGCGUACGAGGAAGAGAAGAAAACUAUCCAGAGCGCCCUUAUGGAGAAAGAGAAGGCUUUGGAAGUAACGGAAGAGAAGCUGAAGAAAGAAGGAGAAGUCAGGAGUAAAUUCCAAGAUGUCCUGGAGUCUGAGUUGCAGUGCAGUGUCUGCAAUGAACUGUUUGUUUGUGCGACAACUCUGAAUUGCACGCAUACGUUCUGUCAGCUGUGCAUAACUCAGUGGAAGGAGAGAAAGCACGACUGUCCGGUUUGCCGCGCCAAGAUAACCUCCGAGACACGGAUGUUGAUUCUCGAUGGCUUCAUUGACAAGGCUGUUGAGAACUUGUCAGAAGAAAUGAAAAAACGAAGAAAUGAGAUUGUAGAAGAGAAGAAAAUUGCGAUGUCUGCGUUACAACAGAAACCUAAAGCCUCGAGCUCCACCGGACCUCGUAGAAACACCCGUCAAAACAAUCGAACAACGCGUGCAUCGAAUCGUGCGAGGGCUGCACCUGUUGAGAUUUCAUCGGAUGGUGAGGCAGAUGAAGAUAGCAUCUAUGUGAGCUCUGAGGAGGGAUGGAUAUCACUGUCGGACACCGAUAGCAAUUCUUCGGUGGAGGGCGAGCCCGGAGAGUACUACGGGGGCUACGGAUACUGUUACCGCUGUGGAAGGAGGGGCCAUUGGGCUCGCGGCUGCCCUAAUUAGUGAACUCGGAACUCCCAUUCAGAACUGACUAAACAUACCUCAACUGCCUACAUGUCAAGAACAUUGGUGGUCAGUGAGUGUUAAGAACAUUGGUGGUUAAAAUAUUGCGAACUGUUUUAAGAAGGGAAGUUUUUUUUUAACUGGAUGAACUUUUGAACAUAAAUUUAGUUUUUUUUUUCAUAGAGACUGGUUGUUUGUUUUUGCAUAGGAUUUUUACUUACUGUCCAUCUCAUAAUUAAGUGAAUAGUUUGAUUUUUAUAUGUGGUUAAAAAUAAGUAGAAUUGAAGAUUUGUAAAUUAUUUUAAUUUGUAGUACUUGGUUUCUUGAAUUCAGCAAUAUCAUCAGCAGUUGGAUGAUGUUUCUUUGAAUGCAACACGAGGCAAAUAGAGUGAUCCUGCUAGGUACUAAAUUGUUUCUUUCUGUCAGUUAAAAAUUUGGCUUGAUAUAUUUUUCUCUAGUACUAUGUGUAUUAUUGUUGUAAGUGGUGAACAGUAAUAUUGAGAUUUUAUAAACAGGUAACACUGUCGUGUUUGUAUUGAUCUCAUAAGAUAGGGCAGCACUUUUAACAUCAAGAUUGUUCAAAACAAAUACACAUCAUUAACUUGUAUGUAUUCAUUUUAUAAACGGAAAUAACAUCACGGCUUAUUAUGAAAGCUACCCUCCAGAGAUAUGUAAAUUUUUAAUAUGUAAAAAAAAUAGAGAUAUGUAAAGUGUAUAUAAUUUGUAAAAAUACAUUGUCUUUUAAA